UUAUUAAUCUGAAAUCUGACUCCUCCACCUACAAAAAGGGGAUCCUUUGCUUCUGUCAUCUCUUUUGAAAACCCUAAUUAAAUCCCAAAUCUCUCUCCUCCACCCACUCUAAACCCUAAUUCUAUCCAUCAUCAAUGGCGAAGAAGCGAAAGCUCGCAGCUAAAUCAGCCGAAGCUGCAACUUCUACGCCGCAGAAGAAGCAGCAGAAGAAGGAGCAAAUCGAGGAAGAAGCACCAGCGGAGGAAGAAACACCCAAGGUAGAAGAACAACGACCGCAGCAAGUAGAGGAACAAUCGAAGCCUGUUGAAGAGGAAGAGGAGGAGGAAGAAGAAGUAGAAGAAGCGGAAUUCGAGGAAGAAGAGGUGGAAGAAGAGGAAGAAGAGGAGGAGGAAGAAGAGGAAGGUGAAGAAGAAGAGGAAGAUGAACAAUCGAAGGCGAUUCAAGGUGAUACGACGAAUUCAGCUGAUGAUGAGCCGAUUCCGAUGCUUCUAGAACCUUUUACGAAGGAACAGUUGAUGAUGAUACUCCGGGAAGCUGCGGAAGCUCACCCCGAUGUGGCGUCUCGUAUUCGUAAGGUUGCGGAUGAAGAUACCGUUCAUCGGAAGAUCUUUGUUCAUGGAUUGGGGUGGGAUACGACGGCGGAUACGCUGAGGAGUGCGUUUUCGCAGUACGGCGAUAUCGAGGAUUGUAAGGCGGUCACCGAUAAGAUCUCCGGGAAGUCGAAAGGGUACGGGUUUAUAUUGUUUAAGUCGAGGAGCGGGGCACGAAAGGCGCUUGAGAUGCCGCAGAAGAGGAUUGGCGGGAGGAUGACGGCGUGUCAGCUGGCGGCAGUGGGGCCGGUGCCUACGACUACGGCUGCUGCAGUGGUGCAGCCGCAGCAGCCGAUGUCGGAGUAUACACAGAGGAAGAUUUAUGUGAGUAAUGUGUCUGCUGAUAUUGAUCCGCAGAAGCUGACUGCGUAUUUUGCCAAGUUUGGGGAGAUUGAGGAAGGGCCUUUAGGGUUAGAUAAACAGACGGGGAAGCCGAAAGGGUUUGGUUUGUUCGUGUAUAGGAGUGUUGAGAGUGCUAAGAAGGCUUUGGAGGAGCCUCACAAGCAUUUUGAGGGGCAUGUGUUGCAUUGUCAGCAGGCAAUUGAUGGGCCGAAGCCGGGGAAGCAGCAGAUGGGACAUCAUCAGCCUAGAGGGAAGCAUUUUGGAGGAAGGGUGGAUAACCCGAAUUUGGCAGGAGCAAUUGGUGGACCUCCGGCUACUGGGGCUGGGUUGAUGGGACAAUCGGUUGGUGGUGUUGGGUAUAAUCUGGGGCCAGCUGCUGCUGCGCCCGGAUUGAAUCCAGCAUUAGGACAAGCUUUGACAGCUCUUUUGGCUUCGCAGGGGGCGGGGUUAGGGCUGAAUAACUUGCUUGGGACACUAGGUGGUGGGAUGGGGGGUGCUCCUGGUGCGGUUCAUGGUGGGUAUGGAGCUCAGAAUGUUGGAGUAAAUCCUAGUGUUUUGGGUGGUUAUGGGAAUCAAGGGGGAUUGCAGAGCGCGUAUCCAAAUCAGCAGCUGGGGCAAGGAGGAGCUGGUGGGAGAUCGCAGCAUGGCCAUAUGGGUGGUGUUGCACCGUAUGGCGGCCAUUGAGUUAUGAUUGAAUAUUUACAGCUGUUACGCGGAGACCUGAUUUGGUGUCUUUGAAACAUUCAUGUGAGUUAUUAUGCUAUGAUUUGCCCUAGGGUUCUAUUUGUGACUGUUUUAAGCUGUUAAAUUAAAUGCUUUGUGAAGCACAUCUGAAGUUGUCAGUUCGUCACAUCAAGGGCUAUGAAUUUGUGCAGUGCUUCAUAUAGUUCUUUGUACUUUCAUUGAUCUAAAAAAUGUUUUCUAAUAACCCAUAAUAGUUGAGCUUGAUAUAUCAAAUAAAAUUUUUCCAUAUUUUAGUAUUUGUUAAAAUUUCAAAGUACUGCCCCCCUUACAAAUUUUCUUGUUCAAGUAAAUGCCUUUUUCAGGCAACUGUCUUCUAAAAUUUGGUUUUAAUGUAAAUAACUGAUGUUUGUACAUGAAUUUAGAGGCGAUUUUAAGCAAUGGACCUGGUCUGUUAACGAUUCUACCCCACAAAAUUUUGAAUUUCCAGAAGUUGUUUUUAUGU